ACCAGCGUGGAUUCAACAUGGCGGCCAUUUCGAUAAGUUCACUCACUUCUUUCUUCUCUGAUGAAUCCUCAAGGAUUCAGCGUGGCGAAAAUCAUUACAAAUCGGGUCAUAUUGAGUCUUGUUAUUAUUCUGACGGAAUUAUUCGAGGGUCUGUCCAAGCUAGCAUGAAGAACAAGUCCUAUAAAGUAACAAUCAACCUUCAUGGCAGUGAAAUAUCAUCAACGCAGUGUAAUUGUCCUCGUGGAGAGUAUAAAUGUAGCCAUGCUGCGGCUCUUGCAAUUUAUUGCAUCCAUAAUAUAAGCAGAACGGACGUCCAAUGUGAGUGGAAAAAGCAAAAAGGUCCAGACAAAACUAAGCCAGUAGAAGAAAUAUAUCCAUCCCCGAAAGAUUAUAUUUGCUUAAAAAGAGAAGUAACAGAUGAAUAA